GGACACGGGAGUGUGUGUGUGAUCGAUCAUCUGGUGGUAGUGAACCGUGAACACACGGCGCGACAGGUAAACUAGUGAGAGAGCGACUGCGAGAUGGAGGAGAAGGGCGCGUCUCCCGCGGCGGCGGCGGCGACGAGCGGGGAGCCGGGAGCGGCGGCGGGGACGAUGAAGGUGGUGGUGGCCGUGGACGCGAGCGAGGAGAGCCUGAACGCGCUGUCGUGGGCGCUGGACAACGUCAUCGGGCGCCGCGCCGGCGCCGUUUCGGUCGUCGUCGUCCACGCGCAGCACGGCCCCGACCACUUCGUCUACCCCGUCGCCGCGCACGGUAUCGGAUCAGCCAUAGCCUACGCCCCCGCCUCGGCGAUCGAGUCCAUGAGGAAGGCGCAGGAGGAGAUCUCCAGGAAGGUCGUGUCGCGCGCGCUCGACGUCUGCAAGCAGAGAGAGGUGAGCGCGACGGGCGCCAUCGUGGAGGGCGACGCCAAGGAGGCCAUCUGCCAGGCCGUGGAGGAGAUGCACGCCGACAUGCUCGUCCUGGGAAGCCGCGGCCUAGGCAAGAUCAAGAGGGCGUUCUUGGGCAGCGUCAGCGACUACCUCGUCCAUCACGCGUGCUGCCCCGUGCUGGUCGUGAAGCCCACCAAGGCGCACGACAAGUGAACUCGAUCUGCUGCUCCUUUGCUGCCUGAUGGAUGUCCUGUGAAGUGAAGACUUGGCUAUCUUUUGCUACUGAUUACUCAUGGAGCCGGUGGCUGCUGUUAUUACUUGUGUUGAAAAUAAAAGGAUAUGUUAAGCUUCUGAGGCUGGCAGUUCUUAUGUAGAUGCAACGUGCAAACUGAAACUAAUACAUGGAACUGCCGUUGAAGCUUCUGAGCUCCUGUGUAGAUGUAAUGUGCAAAACUGCAAACUGAAGCAAAUACAUGAGUAGUACUUGUGGAUAUAGAACUGCAAUGUUUCCUUCUU